AUGUCGAGCACAAUUGUAACUCCGGGUCAAUUGAUCAGCAAUAGUGGUGUUAGGCUUGAAAAGAAGACUAUUACCUGGAGUAGUCUCGCAGUAGGCGCUGCGAUGAACAUCUUCCAGGUAUCUACGCUUGGUCAGCCUCUAGAAAAUGUCAAGACUUAUAAGCAGCAACCGCUAUUUGGGCUCGUGGUCCGAUCAGAGGCUCCUAUCAGGGACUUCUCCCAUGGGUAUGCCGUCAUUGAAGCCACUACCAAGGGAGCAAUAUUGAUUCUCACGUCUUCCGAGGUGUCUUAUCUCGCGUCGAACAAUCUUGGGCUCGCUCCCGCAAUAGCCGCCACGAUGGGAGGCGUGGCAGGGGGUGCCGCUCAGUCGUAUUUGACCAUGGGCAUGACCACGUGCAUGAAGACCGUAGAGGUCACGAGGAACAAGGAGAUAGCUAAGGGGACACGGGUACCCGGUACUAUGGAGACGUUCUUUAACAUUCUACGCACCCAGGGCAUUCGAGGGGUCAACAAAGGUGCCAAUGCAGUGGCUCUCCGCCAGAUUACGGGUUGGAGUAGCCGUAUGGGCAUAUCCAAAGCGGCGGAAGGGCCAAUUCGGACACUUAAAGGAAAAAGCAAGACGGACAAGCUGACUGUGUGGGAGAAGAUCGCAGCCUCCACGGUUGGUGGCGCUUUGAGCUGUUGGAACCAACCUUUCGAGGAUUCUUCCGAGGCGUUGUACCAAGAAUCGGAGUCGCUUCGUGGGCAACGAUAUGCAUGGUUGGACUCGGUGACCAAGUACGCCAGAGACUUGCGAGUUGAGGUCGAACUGGUUGAGUUUGGAAGAGAAAAACUCAAAACCAAGCGCAUUUCCGACCAGUGCCGUGUAGGAUCGGUUUUCAUGAAUGUCCAUGUCUUUGCAUUAUACAGAUCCUUGGAAGAUGCCGUUGUCGCCAAAAGAAAUAUCUUCAAACAGUGCAUUAGUAGGAGGGCUCAAGUCUCGUCCACUGAUGCAUGGAUGGUUGCGAGCGGAGGAGUUGGCAAAAAAUCGGAAAUGGACCAGACCCCUGCUGACAAGGAGCUUUUGAAGAACUACUUCGGAUGCAUCCGCAAACUCUCCCUGCAACAAUACCCAGGGCCCCGGCACUCCCGAGCUCCGAUCGGAACAAACAAGCAGACAAUGUUGAUACAGGAAAUUACCUGUCGCCUUUUUAUCAAUAACGCGGCCCAAUUGCUCUCCGGCAACGGUGCGUCCAUAAUGAACCUAUUCAGCAUCGCCAAUGACUGGACUGACGUGAUGGUAAGGCUCAACCGUCCAUUGACGUACUCUGAGAAGGUGCUCUACAGCCACCUUGAUAAUGUGCACGAGGCGGACAUCCGCCGGGGCGAAUCGUAUCUGAAGCUGCGCCCCAUCCGGAUAGCAUGUCAGGAUGCUACGGCGCAGAUGGCUCUCAUCCAGUUCAUGUCCUCAAACCUUGACAAAGUCGCAGUGCCAACGACUGUUCACUGUGACCAUCUUGUAGUUGCCAGGGAUGGAAGCAACACCGAUCUUGCCACCGCCAAUGACGCCAACCAGGAGGUCUACGACUUCUUGAAAAGUGUCUGCAAGCGUUACGGGGCUGGAUUUUGGAAAUCCGGAGCCGGAAUUAUCCACCAAAUUGUACUCGAAAAUUACGCCCUGCCAGGUGGUCUUAUGAUUGGCACAGAUUCACACACACCCAAUGCAGGCGGACUGGGUAUGGCUGCCAUCGGCGUCGGCGGUGCCGAUGCUGUAGAUGUCAUGGCCGGCCUCGCGUGGGAGCUGAAAGCUCCGAAGGUCAUUGGUGUCAAUCUCACAGGGAGGUUAUCAGACUGGGCAUCGCCCAAAGAUGUUAUUCUCAACCUUACAGGUCAACUUACCGUCAAGGGAGCCACGGGUUCCAUCAUUGAAUACUUCGGCGACGGCGUGAACUCUCUAUCAUGCACUGGCAUGUCGACCAUUGCGAACAUGGGAGCAGAGACGGGCGCGACCACCUCAAUAUUCCCCUAUACUGAACAAAUGGGCGAAUACCUCGAUUCUACAUCCCGGUCGAACAUAAGAGCUUCUGCUGAAGCAUUCGCGCCUAAUUUGAAAGCAGACCCCAACGCCGAGUACGACCACUUAAUCAAUAUCAACCUCUCCGAGAUCGAGCCGUUCAUCAAUGGACCUUCCACACCUGACUUGGCGACGCCAUCGUCCAAAUUCAAGAGCGAGGUCGAGAAGCACGGCUGGCCAAAACAAGUCAGUGCUGGGCUGAUUGGUUCUUGCACAAACUCGUCGUUCGAGGACAUGACCAGGGCAGCCAACCUUGCGAAACAAGCUCUCGCGGCGGGGUUGAACCUGCAGGCUCCCCUUUUCAUUUCACCAGGUAGCGAGUCCACGCGGGCGACUCUGGAGGAAGCGGGUGUUCUUGAUGUUUUCGAAGAUGCGGACGCGACAAUGUUGGCAAACGCCUGCGGCCCUUGCUGUGGGUCCUGGGACAGGACUGACAUGGAAAAGGUCGGUACAAAUGCCCCGUCUGCUGUGGCUUACUCGCUGACAAGUAGCAAGGGAACACCAAACUCGAUUGUCACUUCUUUUAACCGAAACUUCACCGGCAGGUUGGAUAGCAAUCCCGCCACAAGCAUUUUCUUGGCGUCUCCGGAGACCGUCAUCGUCAAGGCUUUCUCUGGCAAGCUCGACUUUGACCCUAGGACUGACUCGAUUGGGGACUUCAAGUUCGAAGCGCCUACUGCGCUUCCACUUCCUAAAGGCGGUUACGCUGAGGCAGACCAUGUUUUCACCGCACCGCCGGCGAAUCGUGGCGAUGUAGAGGUACUCAUCGCGACAGACUCACAACGAAUCCAGAGGCUCGCGCCUUUUCAUGCCUGGGAUGGCGCAGACUUUUUCGAUCUUCCAAUCUUGAUUAAGGUCGAGGGUAAAUGCACGACGGAUCAUAUAACACCAGCUGGACCAUGGUUCCGCUACCGCGGACACCUGGAGAACAUCUCAAACAACACCCUGAUUGGUGCGGUGAAUUCGGAAAACAAAAAGGUCAACAGCAUCCGUAAUGUCUUCACCGGCGAGUAUGGCACUGUUCCGGAGACAGCUAAGGACUACAAGCGACGGGGACAGCGAUGGGUCAUUGUCGCAGACCACAACUAUGGUGAAGGCUCCUCUCGCGAGCACGCCGCUCUCCAACCUCGGUUCUUGAACGGAGUGGCCGUCAUCGCGAAGUCCUUCGCGCGAAUACACGAGAGCAACCUGAAGAAGCAAGGUAUGCUGCCCUUAACCUUUAGCAAUAGCUCAGACUACAAUCGUCUCGAGCCGGAUGAUCGGCGCAUUGAACUUAAUGGCGCUGAAGGCGAGUGA